CAUAGUGCACAAUAUCCUGAUUUGUUUAACAUAACCACGGACUUCGUGUUUGUUUAGUAUUGUGAAAACCCAAUUCCACUGAUUAGUUUUUGAUAUUAGACCAACACACAUUUAGUGAAUAAUUUAAGCGCGUUUGAUGAACACCACCUUAGAGCCGUGUAUAUUUCCCUGCUUUGCCCACCUUUAAUUUAGCCACCAUAGUUUCCUAAUCUCAUCAUCCAAAUCCAGAAUAUCGCCUUUGAAAAGGAACCAAGGUAGGUUAUACGCAGCGCUGUUUUCUGCUCCGUUACAUCGCGGAGGUCGCUUCAAGCCUAUUGUAAGCGAGCAAUAGCAUCCCCCGCCCCGCCCCCUACCCAUUUCAGGAUGGACCGAGCCAUUCAGAGCGCAGAAUGGGGGACAAGGCGUAGGGAAAGGAAGAGAAAGCAGGCGAAACAAGGAAGAGUCUGUGAAAAAUUCAAAGGCGAGCCGCGAGGUCUACUUCUUGCUGCCUUCCAGGCCAUCCUGGAAGGCAGCCCGCACAGAAAGAACACCCUGCCCGCCGUUCUUCAACUCCCCCCCCCUCUGCGUUAGCAAGAAGUGGGAAGGACGGAGCUCGGCGCCGCUUCUGGCUGCGGUGGCAGCAAUUCGGCCGUGGGAGAGUUUUCAUUCAAUGUGCGGAGGAAGCCCGGGGGCGCGUGCACCGCGUCGCCUUCGCAAGCCGUGCAAUUCCUCCGUGGUCUCUUCGCCACCGAAGCCUCGGCUCCCAAUGGCUUUCUCGGCAAGACCGCGUCUCCUCGCCUAGGGCUUACUAUCUCGCAGGAGGCGACCGAAGCAGGGCACCAGAUCACUGCUUGUAGUGGAACACAAAGAAACUGCAGAGACUUCCGCAUCCUUCAGUGAGAAGAAAGAAACCAACAGAGCAAGAUUAAAACUGGCUUGUUUCUGGUGGUGUGUUUGUACAAAAGCUGCCUGGGGAGGGGGGGUGGAGAGCAGAAAAGAAGGAAACGUCCCUGAUAUUUAACAAGCUGUGAAAUGAAGCACUGCUGCUUCUCCUGCUAAGCUUCAGAUUCCAAGGUUCAUCUGCUAUUCAUCGUGCUUAAUAUACAUGUUUCUGCACCGUGCAUUUAGAAGAUCCCAGAAAGGAAUUCAAAACGGCUGCGGGGGAAAAGCCACCAAACAUGCCUACAGAAACACUACAGACAGGUAGCAUGGUCAAACCUGUCAAUCCUGCCAUCACUUUCACUUCAGCUGUUCCUCUCCGCAUUUUAAACAAAGGACCUGAUUAUUUUCGCAGGCAAACGGAGCCUAAUCCAAAAAGACUUAGCGCCGUGGAGAGGCUGGAAGCUGACAAGGCAAAAUAUGUGAAAAGCCAAGAAGUCAUCAACGCCAAACAAGAACCUGUGAAGCCAGCAGUGCUUCCAAAGCCGCCAGUGUGCCCUGCAGCUAAGCGAGCCUUGGGCAGCCCUACCUUGAAAGUAUUUAGCAACAAUGCAAAGACUGAGAGUGGUGUCCAGAGAGAGAACCUGAAGUUGGAAAUUUUGAAGAAUAUUAUAAACAGUUCAGAGGGCUCCAGUUCAGGUUCAGGUCACAAACACAGUUCGCGAAAUUGGCCUCCCCACAAAUCUGACACAGGAGACUUAAAUCGUCACUCAUUUGCAGAAUCCCUAAAGGUUUAUCCCACCCAAAGUUCUAACAGUCCUCAAGAAAGCAGCUCCAGUGUGAGUAGAAGGCUACUGGAACAAUCGGCAGAAUCUUUCUUGCAUGUUUCACAUAGUUCCUCAGACAUUAGGAAAGUAUCCAGUGGUAAACCUUUAAAAGCAAUACCCUGCAGUAGUUCAGCUCCACCUCUGCCUCCAAAACCCAAAAUUGCAACCAUCACUAUGUUGAAAUCACCAGAGAUGGACUCAGUGGAAUCCACUUGUGGAGUAAGCAGACGACCUUCCCUUCAACGGUCGAAGUCGGACUUAAGUGAUAGAUACUUUAGAGUCGAUGCAGACGUUGAAAGGUUCUUUAACUACUGUGGACUUGAUCCUGAAGAGCUUGAAAAUCUUGGAAUGGAAAAUUUUGCAAGGGCUAACUCUGACAUUAUCUCUCUCAACUUUCGCAGUGCAAGUAUGAUCAGUUCAGACUGUGAACAGUCUCAGGAUAGCAACAGUGACCUUAGGAAUGAUGACAGUGCCAAUGACCGUGUGCCAUAUGGUAUUUCUGCAAUAGAAAGAAAUGCCAGAAUCAUCAAGUGGUUAUACAGCAUCAAACAAGCUAGGGAGUCACAGAAAGUGUCCCAUGUGUGAGUGAAUGUUGGAGAGGGGAGGGGGGAGGCAAAGAAAGACUAAUUUGUGUAUAUUCAGUUGUGAAGGGUUGUGAAGUCUACUUGAAGUCUUAAUACACUUCUCAGAUCUCUUUUUAUGUUCCUUGUUGUGCAAUGUUUUCAAGUUGCAUGCCUGUCAACAUGUGAACUGACCUGGCUUCUACUUGAAUAAUAACUAGCUACAGAGCCUGGCUGAGCAUACACACAUUAUCUGCCAAAGGUUUAAGACCAGAAUCUAAAUAGGGCUUUUGUUAUUCAAUAAAUUGUUUACAUUAAAUGGUAAUAUGGUUUCUUUAUAAUAGAUUGUAGUCUCUUGACGUUUUUUUUAAAUAUAUAUAUAUAUAUAUAUUUGGCCACUUUUGAUGUUUUAAGCACAACUUAAUUUGCUUAAGAAAGGAAAGGGGGAAACAUUUCAUAAAUAAGGUUAUCAUAAACCUUAGCUAGAACUGCAUAGUAGUUUGUGGAAAAAUGGAUCAGAUGAACUUUCUGUUACCUACAAUGUAUAAUUCAUCUUAUUUCAUUUUUUUUUCUUUUCAAGCUAUGUUCCAUGGUUUUCUGUUUUAAUAUUCUAACCAGAGACCCCUUCAUAAACACAUUCUUCCUAUGGUCUUUUUCCAUAUACUAUAAGUAGCUAGGAAAGUGUUUCAAACUUUUUAAACUACUAUUGUGGAUUAUGAUGAAAAAAAGAUCUGUCAUAUCUUAGUUUCCCUAAUAAAGGGCAAUUUGGUUUUGUUGUUGUUGUUUUGGAAAGUAACUAGAUAGUGAAUAAUAAAAAUGAUGAUGAUGCCUUUAAAGGAAGGUUCCUUGUCUUAAACUUUUGACAGGAGUUGUUAAAUCCUGUUUGCUUAUCUUGAAUGCCUUUAAAUAGACAAAGCACAUCAUGAUUACAAGCUCCUGCUGCUGACUACAUUUUUGUAGACCUGUUUGAGCAUUUCAUGAAUAGAAAAUGGAAAUACACAGCCAUAGCAGUGUAAGAACUUCUUACCCAAAAAUUAAACACACAAUUUAGCUGAACUAUAUCUGAGAAAGUGUCAUUAUGUUGUCUUAACUAUGUUAUAUCUUAAGGCUGUGGAAGUUUGUUACAGCUCUAGGAACUGUAGAAACAUGACAGUAUGUAGCUUUAUUUUUGGUUGUCCCUUAUUCCUGUCCCUCCAGUGUUCAGUGCUGCACGUCAAUCUUUUUUUUUUUUUUUUACAAACUUGUGUCUUCCCAAUGGUUUAACUGUCACAUCAAUGUGGCAGUUGUGGUGCAUAGCAGAGAAGUUAAAAGUGCAGUGGUCUAUUUCAUUAUUAUUAUUACUAUUCUUAUUAUUCAUGCUUUGAAGUACUUUGCAGCACUAUAUACUUCGUCAGCUAAUAGGAAACUUUUUAAUGUGUAAAUGCUGUAAGACUUUGUAUAUAUUUCAGUUGUUACGAGAUCUUUAAGAAAAGUGUUAUGCUAAUAAAUAGCUA